UAAGAUCGUAACCAAACAUGCUCAACGCCUCUGAGUGUAUCAUUUGAAGUCAAGGUGCGACUGUUUAUAUCCAUAUCAAACUUCACGUUCGAAUAAAGGCCGACAUAUUCCACCUAGUGCAAAAUAAGUCACAACCGUCACCUGAAAGAAAAGUAACCCCUAUAUCCCAAAUUCAACAGGAAACUAAGAAUGAGCAUUUCAUUAAUACGAGUGGAGGCCCCAGAUGAAAAGUGGGAAGAUGAACGAAAUGAACCUGAAAUAACUCCUGCCUUGCCUGCUGUACUUGGGAGAGGUUCUUUGUUAAGGUGUGGAGAGAAAAAAAUCUCACGUCGACAUGCAUACCUUGACUGGGAUGAUGAUGGUGUUACACUGACAUCGGUUCAUCAAAAUCCAACUUAUGCUUUAGUUAAAGGUGUUCUGAAAGAAUUGACAGAAGGUGAUGCUCUUUUUCUCUCACAUGGAGACAAAUUUGGGCUUCUGAAAGAUAAAUAUUGGUACAUGAUUAGUCUACCAGACUCUUGUAAAGAAGAAAAGACCACAGCUGAGGAUAGAAAGCAGAAAGUUUCAGACAAUGAAAUACAGGACAUAUCCAAGCGAGAUGACAGUGAUUCUAAACUACCUGAUAAAGAUCAGGAAAAUAGGAGUAAUGCAGUGGAGAAUAUCUCCUCCAUUAAAGAUUCUGCAAAUAAUAUUAGGACCAAAGACACAAGUGUAAAAAUAUGUGAUGGGGAAACCACUAGUAACCUUAGAGCGUCUAAGGAUCAGAUUAACAAAAAUGAAGAUAUUGCUGAUGAUACUUCAAGUUACAGUGGAAAAGAUCUUUUGUCAGCCAAAGUUAAUGUAAAUAAGAUAGAUGAUUCUAUGAAAAUCCAAGAAACCGUAUCUGCCAAGGAACUCCAGGAAGCUGUGUCAAGUAAAAGAAGAGAUUUACCUGCUUGGCUGAAAAGUACAGAAGUGGUGAAAAAGUUACCACCAGGAAAAGAAAAUGAAGUUCAUACAACCUCUCAUGGUGGUAGACGCAAAACUCAAGCAAGCUCCACGAAAAGAAAGGCUUCAAACAAUCCUAGGAAUAGCAGAGAUGCUUCAGUAGCUGUACCUAAGACAGAUGCAAACAAUCCAAACGGCUGCGAUGUAGGCAAAGGAGAAGAGGGAGUCAUUAGUGGGAACGGUAAACAUCCGAAGCAGCAGGUUUUACAAAAAGACAAUCACAAACAUUCCAGCAAUAAUAGGAAAGUUGAUGCAAGUCCUAGAAAGAGAACUCCUACUAAAAAGAAAGGCUCUCCUUUAAAAAAUAAUACAAAAGGACUUCAUGUCAUUAGUGAUGAAGACAGUGAAUAUGAUUCAGGGAAUGAACCUGAUGAACCUCAAGCUAAAACAUCAAAGGAGGCCAAGACUACAGUGCAACAUCAUUCAGUUACAAAGCAUGACAUGAGUGAUGAGGGCGAGGAAUCGGCCACUGGCAGUGAAGAGAAUAAAGCAACACCUAAUAAAAACAAACAAAUCACUCCGACUACAAAUGCAGCAAGAGGGUUGCCAUCACGUGUUCUUAAGAAGAAACCAAGACAGCCUUGCCAAUAUGGAGAUAAAUGCUACAGAAAAAACCAAAAACAUCUUGCUGACUUUUCUCAUGUUGGAGAUUCCGAUUACCAUGAAGAUUCUUCGGAUCCUGAAGCUUCUGAUGAUGACAGACCUCAGUGUGAGUACGGAGUUGAUUGCUAUCGCAAAAAUCCUCAGCAUCGCAAAGACUAUAGACACAGCAGAAUACCACAGCCUCAAAGAAGAGCAAAGCGAAAAGCUCGUCAGCAGAAACAAAAUGACAAUGAUGAUUCUGAUGAUUAUGAUUAUGAUGACCCAUUCCUGAAUGAUGAGAGUUCAGAUGACUAUGCUCCAACUGAUUCUGAAUCAUUUAUGGAAGAUGAUGAUGAUACACAAAGUACACUUGAAGAAGGGAAGAAAUUUGUGAAAAAAAGGAAAUAAGGUGAUGCCAAGAGGAGGAGGAGGACUACAUUGAUGAUGUUGGCUGAACAUCUUUUGGAUUUGCAUAUUGCUACAAGAACUAGUCAAGAGUGGCCUGAACUCCGUUACUCUUCUUUUCAGCUGAAACAAUCAUAUAAGGAGCAUUACCCCUAUAAUCUGAGGAAAGCAUUCAGCAUUGGGGUCCACCUCCCCGGAAAUCACAAGGUGCAAUCUUUCCCCUCUUUUCAUGGCAUUUUAUCAUCGUUACCUUAUUUUCCAACAGUAGCACCGUCAUCAAGAAUUGUUUUUGGAGCCAUGAGACAAAUAUUAAAGGCACAAAUUCAGUUCAAGUGAAACACUGAAUAACAUGUAUGCAAACACUUGUGAAUACACUGUCAAGAACCAUUACUGUUAAACAUCAUGUACUAUGACAAUCUUAAGCCUAUUGUGGUUUUGUUUUAUACAAUACAUUACUGCACACUUGUAUUUUUUAUUAAUUUUUUCAUUCAAUACAACCAAACUUCAUGUAAAUACAACAACUUUUUUCUAUUUAUUUUAUGCUGUACAUUAUUGCAUAAUUAUUACUUUAUUAUAUAUGUAUAUUGUUAAAUUUGUUUUUAUGUUAUUUAGCAUCUUUAGUGAUCUCUAUAUAUGUAUAGCUAUAUAACAUUUUGUUGUUGACUGACUUAAAAUUGUCUAAAAUGAUUCAUAUCAACUUUUUAAUUUUUCCUAUUAUUUUUAAGAAAAAUCUUUGUAAAAUAAAAAAUGAUGGAACACAAAAUGACAGAACUGGAGAUAGACCGUGUGUAUAUAUGAAAUUCAGUCACAGUUCUACAGGUUUGCUAAUGUUUGCAUGGAAGGACAGAACUUUAUAUUCACCCUUUGGCUUUUUAUAAUUUAAUUUGGCUUUAAGAAAGGACUGUCAUUAGCGUAAUUCAACUCAUGGGGAACCUGUACAUUUACUCUGUUUUGACUUAAUGUACUCAAUUCCAUUUUAAUGAUCUUAAGGAAUAUCAUGCAUCUAUACUCUGUUUUUUUCCAUCUGUCCAUCCGCCUGUGGUGUUUUCGCGUGGUAACACUGCGUCCCGGGCUUUAAAUAGUUACGCUAUGUGUAAGUUUUAGGUAAAUAAAAGGGUAUCUGGGUGUACAUUUGCAACUGAAAAGUGUUUUAAUAAAUUACUGUAUGCUAAUUGCACCAGUAAUAUUCGAAAUAGGAUAUUAUUAUUAUUGUUGAAUGUAAGCUGAAUGUAAUUAUCUACAGCCCGGGAAGCAGUGUUACCAUACGCAUGAACCACAGCCGGAUGGACAGAUGGAAAAAAACAGAGUAUAGGUAAAUUUUUAUGUAAAGAAUAGAUAUUCAGAGGAUUAUACUUUUGCCCGUAGUUCUUUUGAUAUGUAUUUUAUGUGGAGCUAUGUGUGGAGGGCAUAUGAAACUGUUUUAGUAGCACAAUAAUAAUGUGUAAUAUAUAGUGGUUAGUGUCAUGGAUUGCCACUCAGAUGUUGCAGGUUUGCUUCUCAAAUUGUUCGCACUUUUCUGGAUACGCUUGUCACUGCAUAACCUUAUGAUUCAGUUGCAAGAAAUUUGAAAAGGUUAUGAUGUGUUAUAGAACAGUGAUGAUAUAUAUUUUUUUAUUAAUUAACCCUGAGAUUUUGGGCUUCCCAAAAUUUGUUUGUGACAAAGCAUCAAAGCAUACAAUAAUAGAUUAUGAACAAAGCAGUG